UUUCUAUUACUUGCAAACUAUGUGGAUGCGCCGAUUCUUGUUUCUGGGACUCUUCCUGCUGCUUGCCGUUGCAGUGGACAAUUCAUUAUCCUCCAAUAUGCACUAUCAUCGAUAUAUGCUCUCCGAUUAUAAGCCGCAGCACAAUCCAAAGACUCAAAAGGACUAUAAGCGAAUUAAAAUGCGAUCUCCAGCUAAGGUGGAAGAUAAAGGAGCUUCAGAAAUCAAAAAGAGUAGCCCACGGUCCAAGGAACCUGUGAUUAAGUUAACCAAAGGAGAAGACAAGUUGCAGCUCCACGAACUGAUGGUGCGUAUUUACCAGGAUCAACAUUUUCUGUGCGUAGGAACGAUCAUAUCGUCGGUGCUAGUGGCUACGGUGGGCAGUUGCUUUGUUAACACCAAGACCGAUCAUGUGACAUUGAAAAAUUUCUAUAAUGAAGUCUAUGAGGGAAUGCGGGCAAACAUCAACGAGACAUACCUGAAGGGUGAAGGUCCUUAUUUGGAGGUUAUUGGUUUGGAAAAACCCUUCCUUCGUCCGAAUUUAACUGAAAACACAGUGAAGCUGUGCGAUACGGCGAUUAAGAAAAAUGCGCUCGUCGAACUGCCCAUUUGGUUAAGGCAGCGGCAUAGUAUCCACUCACAGAUAGCGGAGGUGUUGCCGCUGCAGGAGUGCCGGCACCGCAUGAGGGAUUUAAACGGAACCGUUGUCCAAGACCAAAUGAUCUGUGUGAGGAAUCAGAAGUACACAAGUACAUGCCAGCAUGCCAUGGGAAACCCACUCGUCUACGAUGGCAUGAUCUGCGGCAUCAAUGUGCUGGGCCACAAUUGUCCAAAACACAUUGGGCUCGAUUUGUACUCAAGCACCUACGAUGCCGUCAGCUUUACGAUUGCUGGUAUGGAGUUGAUUAAACAUUCUAAAAUGGAAGAUGCUAUAUUGUAAAGUUUCUCCUUAUACAUUUUUUUAAUAAGAAAUAAUAGAAAAAUCUCCUUUGGCAUAGAAAGUCAAAAUAAAGAACUAACUAUUGUUCAAUUUAGAGAAGUGUGCCGAAUUUCUUAACGCCUUAACCUGUUUCAUUUGAUUAUAAUUGAAAUGCAUCGAAUUAACUUGUUUAACAGCUUGACAAACUUAUCCACUAAAGUCUUUCCAGUAGAAAUGUGGAAACUGUUGUUGAUAAUUGGGGUCUUAACGAGCCUCGUCCUUGCUGAGUUGGAGCAUUCAAAGGCCCAUACUACACACUCGCCAAAUCAUACAAAAAAGCAUCACAUAAGAAUGAAGUACAAGUACGGAAACUGGCGCCCGCACUUUGGCUACAGACCCAGUCACUAUGGUACAGAUCAUGGAUCUCGGCGUCGUAGAUCUGCCAUUGAAAUAGAGGAAAGAUCCCAAAAGAUUAACCUGAACAAGUAUGUAGUGCGAAUAUUGCAAAAGGAUAGGAUCGUGUGCAAUGGCAUUAUUGUGAACCGGCAACAGGUGCUCACGGCCAGCAUCUGUGUGCUGGAUGUCCGGCUGGAUUUGUUGACCCUAAAGCUAUACGAUGAUACCAUAUACACAGUGAAAAAUAGUUCCGCUAGUACCCGAUACACUGGGAAAGAAGCUGAUGGUCUGCUGACGCUGCUUGAACUGGCAACAGAGUUGGAGAGCCGCUUUCACAGCAAUCCGCCCAUCUGUGCUGAAGGUCCCAAGCUCUCAGAUAAGGUUUGGCUCUAUAGCUGGGAUAAGAAUGGCAGAAGACUUAAGGUUAUGGUGGCACGACCGUCUACCCCCUCGUUCUGUAUGCGCCAAAUAAAAGAUCCCCAUGGAAUGGUGGUCAACAAUGCCACCAUUUGCUUGAAGAACUCUGACUUCACGGUGGGUUGCAUGCCCAACUUUGGGCUGCCCUAUAAGUGGAACGGUAAGUUCUGCGGCAUAAAUAUCCUGGGUCACAACUGCCCCAGUCCCAGCAACGUAGAUAUCUUUGUUAAGUUGAGGGCAGAAUAUCCGCUUUACUAAAAUAUAAUAAUUAAAAACUUUUCAAUUGUUAAUGGAAUGAAAAGAUUUCAUGUUACAUCAUCUGGAUUUAGAGGAAAAUAAUAGACCAACAAAAAAUAUAUUGUUGUACGUAGGCUUAUGUUUGUACUCAUACCAAAAGAAUACAUGUUUAUAAACAUCUUGGAACAUCGUAAAUAUUUCUUACAAAAAUAAAUUUCGUUUUAUUUAUUCAAAAA